AUGCGAGUCAUCAUUCAGCGCGUUAAAAAUGCAGCGCUGAGUGUAAUAAAAGAAGGAAGCAACGAAACAGAAAAACAAUUAGAACUCUUUAGCGAAAUACAAAAUGGCAUAAUCUGCUUCGUGGGAAUACACAAAAACGACACCUGGAAGGAUGCGGAAUACAUCAUUCGGAAGUGUCUGAACCUACGCCUAUGGUCAGAUGGUAACAAAACCUGGGAUAAGAGUGUAAAAGAUUUAAAUUAUGAAGUUCUGUUUGUUUCUCAGUUUACCCUGUUUGCUAAUACGAAAAAGGGAAGCAAGCCAGACUUCCACCUAGCCAAGGAACCUAAACAAGCCCUAGCUAUGUACAAUAAAAUGGUUGAGCAAUUUGCUAAGGAUUACAAUCAUGAAAAAAUAAAAACAGGGAAAUUCGGAUGUUAUAUGAACAUCCAAGUGACAAAUGAUGGACCCGUUACAAUUUUUGUUGACAGCCACGACGUCAAAAUGACCCUUCUGCACAAGAAUCGAAUUAACGCUCUCCUACCACAAUGGAGUUACAAAACGAAGCAGGGCUGCUACAACUACAUACAAAGGAAGGUCGUAUUCCCCUCCUUCUCACAGGCGACCACAUUCCUGAGAGACAUGUUUGACCAGAAUGAAAAGAUGAACCACCACUGCAAGUACACCAGCGAUUACACCAAAGUUAAAAUUAAAAUGUACACGCACACGCUGAAAGGGGUAACAGAAAAGGACGUGGCAUUUGCAAACCUAGUAGAUAGCGCACUGAAUAAUUAUGCUUAUAAAGUGAUAAAGGAAAGUCACUCAGCGGAGGAGAGGAACAAUUAA